UUGAAAGGCGUCUAUGUCCGAUUACAACUCAUGCUUAUUGCAAGAGGGGCAAGCGGAUGAAGUUUUCUUCCGCGGUAUUACACAAAAAUUUGGGAACAAUUUAUCUUUUGCUGCUGUGAUUUCUACUCUACUUCUUCGUCACCAUACUUGGGAAGUCAGAAAAUAAGAUGGGUGAAGUCAUUUUGGGCAUGCCGGGACCUUGGGCUGAUAAUAAUUAUGAAGCAGCUGAUCAUUAUACAACAAAAAUUGGUGGACUUCCUGACUGGCCUUUUCCUGUUGAUAUUGAGAAGCCUAAUCUGCUUGAGUGCGAUGCAUGUGGUAGCAAUCUUUGUCUCAUUGUCCAGGUUUAUGCUCCUAUUUCAAGUAAAUCUUUGGAAAUAGAAGAGCGAGUGAUCUAUGUUUUUGGUUGCAUGAAGCCAGAGUGUAGGAGCACUCCUGUAAGCUGGAGAGUUCUUCGAGUUCAGCAGCCUUCUGGCAGUGUGGAAUUGGCAUCCCCCUCUGAUAAAAUGGUUCCUAUAUCUCCUCCUUCAGUUUCAAAUAAUGAUUGGCGGGAGGAUUUGUGGUCAUUUGAAUCUGGAGGAGAGGAUGGUGAUGGUGACAUAGAUCUGGAGGAGUUGGGCAGGGCACUUUCUGAAGCUGCAGGUGCUACUUCUGUUUCCAGAAAACAAAAUUAUGAUGCUGCAUCUAGUGGGAAGCGUCUACCUACAAACGUACUAGCUAGCUCCAUUGAUGAUAAAAUACCAGUGGUACCUUGCUUUUAUAUACAUACCCAGAAAGAGAAAUUCUCAAAAGACAUUAUUCCUGAAUUUUCAAAGUUGACAUUGCUCUGUACCAAAGAGAAUGAAGAAAAUCGUGAUGAUGAAUCAGAUGGGGAACCAUGGGAACAAGAGAGUUAUGAAUAUGAUAAAGCAUUGAAUGCUGAUAGGACUUACCUUAAGUUCAAAAAACGAAUAGAUGCAUACCCAAAGCAAUGUUUCAGAUAUUCAUAUGGUGGAAAGCCAUUACUGGCUUCUGGAGAGGUUGGAGAUCCUGGGACAUGCAGACUCUGUGGUGGGUCGAGGAACUAUGAAAUGCAACUGAUGCCACCAGUAAUAUAUUUCUUACAGGAAGCUGCUGAUGAUCAACGGAGAAUAUUUAUAGAGAAAUUUGACUGGAUGACUUUGAUUAUCUAUACUUGUUCCAAGAGCUGCUCGCACUCGAAUCAAGAAAAAUCGCUUAGAGACUGGGUUGUAGCAGAGGAGGCUGUUGUCAUUCAAUAUGAGUAGUAUUGCUGAAACUGUGUUAUCAAUUACAUGUUGUACACAUAGGAGCAGGUUUCUGUUUGCCUUUUAUAGUUAUAUGGAUAUAUAAUUUAAAUUUUUGUCGAAUCUUUAACAAUAUUUGAGCUAAAAUUAUUUCCU